CCUCCGCCGCCAGCGCCGCCCGCCCCCGGCCCGGCCGCUCCUCGUGUAGGCGAGCGCGCCGCUUGCUUCGAGCCCGAGCGCCGCGGCGCCGGCCCCGGAGCCCGGCGCAGCGACUUCCUCCAGAAGACCGGCAGUAACUCCUUCACCGUCCACCCCCGGGGCCUGCACCGCGGUGCGGGCGCUCGACUACUCUCCAACGGGCCCGCGGCCCCGGAGCCCCGGGCCGGCGCUGCCAACGGCAUCGCGGGCUCCGCGCCUGGGUCGGGCGAGUGGAAGCCAAAGGUGGAGUCGGGGGAGCCCUCCGCCCACCCGUCCCACAGCCCCGGGACCCCCAGUGCCACUCCAGCCGCGUCCUCAGCCCUGCCCAUGCCCAGCCCUGCCAGUGCCACUCCCAGCCAGCGCCAGUGGGUCUCCGCGGCCACCAGCGCCAACGAUUCCUUCGAGAUACGGCCGGCCUCCAAGCCAGACAUGGACACGAUCCCUGAGGGGGACCUGCAGGCCAGGGCCCUGGCCAGCCUACGUGUGAACUCCCGAAACUCCUUCCUGUUCAUCCCCAAGCGCAAGGCUUCUGGGGCCCCUCCUCCCCAAGGGAGGCAGUCGGUGGGGCUGCCAGAGGGAGAGGUUGUCUGGGCCUCUGAGCACCGGAAGCGUGGAGCCCAGCUGGUGCCUGGAGCGGAUGGUGCGCCUGUCAGUGGGAGAAGCCCCUUGGGGGUCGAGGAGGGGGUCUGGUCAAGGCCAGCCACUGCUCUCGUGGACCGGGCUGUUAGGUGGCAGAGGCCAUUCUCGCCACCCCCAUCCCUGCCAGCCGCCACCGAAGCCGAGCCUGCCCAGGGCUUUGAGGUUCCCGGCUUGGCCAAGAAUGGUGGUGAGGCUGGGAGGUCAGGGCUGCCCGUCACCUUCAUCGAUGAGGUGGACUCUGAGGACGAGGUCCCCCAAGAAGCCAAACUGCCCUGUAUGGGGCCUGGCACACCUUCCCGGUACCACCCAUCAGAGCUGCAGCACCGGGGCAGCAAUACCUUCACAGUGGUGCCCAAGAGGAAGCCAGGGGUCCUGCAGGCCAAUGGGGAGCCUGGGCCACAGGCGGCUGAGGAAGUGGAGGUGGGCAGCGUCUUGGAGCCCCCUGCUGUUCUGGGGACCCCACUGAAGAAGCGCUACCCCACUGUGCAUGAGAUCGAGGUGAUUGGCGGCUACCUGGCCUUGCAGAAGUCCUGCCUCACUAAGGCUGGCUCCUCGAGAAAGAAGAUGAAGAUCUCCUUCAAUGACAAGAGCCUGCACACCACGUUCGAGUACCCUUCGGAGAGCUCCCUGGUGCAGGAGGCUGAGACCCAGGCCGAGGGGGAGGCAGGGGAGGAAGAGGAAGCGGAAGCGGAGGGGCCUGGGCUGAACGGGGCAGUGGAGAAGCCCUUCGUGCUCUUCCUGCCCCGAGCCACAUUCGUGAACAGCGUGGCGCCUGAGAGCCCUCGGCUGCCAGACGGCAGCUCAGGCCUGUCCAGCUACACCCCCAAACACUCCGUGGCCUUCAGCAAGUGGCAGGAGCAGACGCUGGAGCAGGCCCCAAGUGAGGUGGAACCCACGCAGAAGGAUGUCAUGCUCACCCCUGCCAGUCACAGCGACCUCUCAGACUUCCGAAGCGAACCAGCCCUCUAUUUCUGACUCCAGCCCUGCCAGGACAGCCAAGCUCUGCCCUCCUUCUGUACCCCUCUUCUGCCCUGCCAGGCUCUGCCCCCAUAACCCACCCCCCCUUCCCGGGUCCAUCUGGGUCUCCCUCUCCGCCCUAGUUUGGGGGCAGUGCCUGUGGAAGAGGGUCAGGGUGCUGCUGGACACCAUGCUCAGCAGCUGUUGGGUGUGUCCUGGUGGAGGAUGGGCUUGCUGCCUGUUCUGCAGGACAAGACCCCCCCCAACCACCCCCCAUGGUUGAGCUCGGCCUGCCCCCUUUGUGAUGAAUGGAAGUCUUUUGCCUGAUGGUGGACUAAUAAACAGCACUGGACAAGCCUG